AUCAUCUAUUCAAUGAUGAUACAUCUAUCAUCAUUGAUAGAUGUAUCAAUGAUGAUAGAUUGAUACAUCUAUCAUCAUUGGCAUCUAAACUUUAUUUAAAAAAAUUAAAAAGUGAGCCUGUCUAGAGCUGCACAAUAUCAAUCAAUCAAGUUUAUUUGCACAUCAGCCACAAGGUAGUUCAAAGUGCCUUACAUGUCACGAGCCACCAUCAAAAUCAACAAUACACAUCAAAUAUGUUGAUCAAUGUUCCAGUAGUUAUGAGAUGAAAGCAACUCUAUCCAGGCAAGUUUUUAGCCUUGAUUUAAAGGAACUCUGUGUUUCAGCUGUUUUGCAGUUUUCUGGAAGUUUGUUCCAGAUUUGUGGUGCAUAGAAGCUGAAUGCUUCAUAGUGAUCAUCUCAGUAUCAGUCUGCAGUACUGCAAUUUUAUAUUUCAAAGAGUUCACGCUCUACAUAUCAGUGGUAUAUCUGGCCUUCAAGUGGCUCCAGGCAGGAUGGAGAGCUCAGUGAUGCUUAAUAGAUAUCAUCAAUGUCAUUUUGUCACUGAGUUAAUCAAAGAGUUUACAGUGGUUUCAUAAACCAUUCAUUUCCUGUUGAUUUAUGGAAGGAAAGAGGCCAGGAUUAAUCUUAGAUUGGAUGCCUUGGAACAAGUUUAGUGAUGAGUUUUCCUGAGCUCUGGUACAGACUGUACAGAUGUGAAACCGCUAACGGCCCACACACUGUAGGUGUUGACAAUGAUCCUGUGCUGUGCUGCACACACACUUUCACUCCAUCCAUGUUGUGGAGCUGCUCCCAGUUAUUCUUAAAGGUUGUGGUUUUCCAGAACCACUUGGUUCUGACAAGAAUUGCAGCUUGCUCACACCAUGAAUGGACGUGUUCACAUCCUGUGUGUCUUCACUCAGAAUGACAAGUUCUGUUUCUCAUUUUUAUCAUUUCCGAACAAAAGCUGUUGUUUGCAUGCCGUUGAUUUGUCCUCACUGGCUUUCCAUACCAGAAGGCAGGUAGUGUCUCCUCUCAUUUCCUGGUUUUUAGAUUGAGUUGGCUUCAGUGUUAGCACAAGUAGGGCUGAAAAUUAUAUCAUGAUAUUAGAGUUUCAUAUCAGUCCAUGUCGAUAACUAUUGAUUACUCUUCUGUUUUAAAUAUCUGAAAUAUUGCCAAACUGGUGGCGCUUACAGUUUUUUUCCACAGUUUUCCCUCCACACCCUUGAUUUUUGUUGUUAAGUACUUAUGAGGCACGAUGGUGAAACUUCAGACUGAUUUUGCGCAAAAUCAGUCUGAAUUUGCCUUUGGAUUAACAACCUGUUAAUCCACAGGUUGUUGCUAGGUAACCAAAGAGUGAAUGAGUUAGUUGAUGCUAUCUGCUCAACUAUGAGAGGUUAAGUGGCUAAAGAAUUUCCUCUGCCUACAUCUCCCAGAAUGCUAUGCAGUUCAGAAGAAUAAUCUUGCUAUUACUGUACCUAUUGGUAAUUUGCUAAUAACUUCCAUAAACAAAUCGAUUUAAAGUUUUUAAAACUAAGUAAAUAUUCAGUAAUAAAUUAGGCAUCACUAUUGGCUGGUCACGUUUACUACUAUUAAUCAGCUGGGCUCAGGAAGUUAGCUGUGAGCUAAUCAGAAGACUAUGGGAUGAUCACUGGGUUCUCUUCUUCUGUGAAAGUGUUUCCUUUGCACUCAGGUCCGUCAUCACACCCCUAAAGAUCCAUCUGUCUGGAUUCUACAUUACAGUCUGCAGUUCAACAUUCAGCUCAAUUUUAGAACAAUGAAGAAUAAUAAACUUAUAGGUUUCAAAAGCUGAUGCCUGACACAGUGGGAGUUUUUGGGUUGCAUGAAGUCGACCAACUUCUGACACUAUGAUCCAGGUCAGGACCAUUGGACUCCAUUAAAGUCCAGUUAUUGGACUGGGAGCCACUGGCGUAGAACCAAGAUGCUGCUUACUGGUGUGUUUGAGGUCACUGACAUGUUGAAAUUCUAAUUUCAUGGUAAAUGGACCCAAUAGUUUGAGAAACAUCCUUAUAUCAUGAUGCCUGAGCCACCAUGCUUCAGUCUCCAGUCCAUUCACUCUGACUCAGGUUCUGGUUCUGAUGCAAGUCGGUGACUCAAUCUUUUGGGUUUCCUUAGAUAGAAACUUCUCAGUCAAUUUGAAUAAUAAACUGAACCUGAACUAUACAUUGGAUCGACGUAACUUUUUUCCCCCUUUGUUUAUAAAGAAGAGAUGAUGUGUUGUGAACUGUAUUGUAGUGUGACACAAAUUCAGUUUUGUUUUCAGACCCCUGACCCUGAAAACAACAAAGCUUCUUUCAUCCAUCCAGAAAUGUUGCUCCAUUUUUCUUUAGGUCAGUGGAUUGGCUCUUCAGUUAACUGCAACCUCUUCAGCACAUGUUGUUUUCUUCUACAGUGUCUUGUAAUUGAACUGUGUUGUUUAAAUAAAAGUUUAAAGCAUAGGCAUGUUGCAGUUACACAGCUGUUGGACAAAUUUCAUAGUGAUUUCUCUUAAUGUCCAUCAUGUUUUAGCUUGAGUUUAGCCUCUGGCUUGUAUUUUAAACUCAACACAGACCUUCAUGGAGGGCUGGCUGUAUAGUUAAUGAAUAAUCAAACAUGGUACUGUUCAAAAGGGACAUUAAUAAAAAAUGAGUUGGAGGCUUUGCCAAAACACAAGCUUUUGUUCUGACUGGAAGUGGACAUCUUUCCAAUCCUGGAACCAAGUAUUUCCUUAUCCAAGAGUAAUCUGCCUUUGGUCUCCCCCCACCCCAGCUCCCAGUCUGAACAGCCAGUAAACAGUGUGUGAUUGUUUGGGGCCAGUCUCCCAGAUUUACAGGGCCCUUGCAUUAACAGUACUAUCAUUAAUGUCCAUGCUAUCGUCAGUCUGAGGACAGUCCUGCAGCCUGUGAGUCCAGUAUAGGAGGGGAUCAGGUCCUGCAUGUGCGUGCGUGUGUGGGUGUGUGCGUGUGGGGGUGUGUGUGAGUGUGUGAGAGAGAGAGAAUGAGCUUGUGCUCACAGUAGUGGGUGAAGGCUGUGUCACAGAGGGCCACUGUGUCCCCGGGCAACAUGAAUCUGGGCCAGUGUGUGUGCGGCCCAGAGGAGGGGAGUAGUAGCCUGUCCACACACUCCACCUCCAGGCAUGUCAGACAUUAUUGACUCGUCCACACACUCCGUACAGACAUGGCUGCUCCAUUUGUGCAUGUAUGGACCUGUUUGAUAAAUGUGCCCUCGUUUCUCUUCUUCCUCAGGGCUGUGGGAAAGACCUGUCUGCUGAUCAGCUACACCACCAAUGCCUUUCCUGGUGAAUACAUCCCCACUGUCUUUGACAACUACUCUGCCAACGUAAUGGUGGAUGGGAAGCCAGUGAACCUGGGCCUCUGGGACACGGCAGGACAGGAGGACUAUGAUAGAUUAAGACCAUUGUCUUACCCACAGACGGAUGUGUUCUUGAUAUGCUUCUCCCUGGUCAGUCCGGCCUCCUUUGAGAACGUCCGAGCUAAGUGGUACCCAGAGGUGAGACACCACUGCCCCAACACACCCAUCAUCUUGGUGGGGACGAAGUUGGACCUUCGAGAUGACAAGGACACCAUCGAAAGGCUGCGGGACAAGAAGCUGUCUCCCAUUACCUAUCCUCAGGGUCUGGCUAUGGCGAGGGAGAUCGGGGCUGUGAAGUACUUGGAGUGCUCUGCACUGACCCAGCGAGGCCUGAAGACAGUAUUUGACGAGGCCAUCCGAGCCGUGCUCUGCCCCCCACCGGUGAAGAAGAGAGGGAAGAGAUGCACCAUGUUCUGAGGAAGAGGCACUGCUACAACACCACAUCAUCAUGAACAACACACACACUUUCUUUGAGAGAAUGAGAGCUAAAACUGGUGAGAGUGAGUGUGCAGUUCAGUGAUUGUUUUCUGUAGUCUUUUUUUUCUUUUUCAGAACUAUAUUGGUUAGACGACCAACAUUCUUUUUUUUUUUUUUUUUACCAUUCCUGAAUAAGAUGGUAGGUUCCCUGUGAAUGGCACUGACUGUCCGUCUCCGUUGUACUGUUGCCAGGAGGACUGCAGCUUUCCACAACCGUCUUUCUACUGCUCUCUUCUCUCUCAGACAUGCUUGCUUAAAUUAACGCAGUGGUAAUUACACAGAACGUCAGGUGUUGAUAGGUUCAGGGUUGAAGUUCCUCUCAGCUCCCUGUCUAAGAUCAGCUCAUUCAGCCCUGAAAACCUUCUGGCUGCUAAUGCUGCAUUCCAUUUAUCUGGGAAGUCAGAACUCAGGGCUGGGUUUGACGUCAGACUUGGCGUUUAAGUUAGAAAGUCGGGAUUUGAACAUGGCAAGCUCAUAAACCUUGUUCACAGUAUCUCUUACAAACAUAGUUUUAAGCUUUACUGUUCAUAGGGAAACACCAUUUUUAAUUUGUGCGGUUUAGAGUUACAGGCACUACAUGUAAUAUUGAUUUUUUUCUUACAUGUGUGUCUUGCAAAAUAAACAUUUUUUCCACCACAGCUUACUACUGUUGAUUCAAGGAGCGGCCAUACUGAAGCGCGAAAGUCGGAGUUGCUCCACUUUCCCGUUGGGAAAUCUGACUUUGGAUGGCGUUCAAGUUGAAUUUUCCAACCAGGAAAUCGGAAUUUCCCAGUUCCGAGUACAACUGGAAUGCAGCAUAUCACAGCUAUCAUUUUGUGAGCUGCACUUUGAGAUAAUAAACAUGUCUAGCUGUGUAAAAACAUCCUGGUCAGGCCACCUGAGAAUGGUAAGAAGUUGAUUACUGACCGCUGAGUUCAGAUCUGCAGCUCAGACUAAUGUGGUUUUUUAUGGUCAAAGCAGAAAGCACAGCUUAUAUUUUAGGCCUAAACGAAGUAGGUAAAAUAUUUAACACAGCUGUAUCAUGUGAUCUGAGGCUUUUUUUAAAAGAUGCCCAAUGAUUAUAAUAAUUAAUCUCCAGCCUGUUUGCAGUCAGAGUAACACACUGUGGUUAUGCCAUCUGAUGGAUUAAGCUAUAAUUAUUUAUCCAUGAGAAUUUAGCUCAGCUGUAACUUCUCACCUGCCUUCCUUUAUUUACAUCUGUAUAGAAACAACGUGUAGUCAUAAUUUCAUAGUAGCUUUUCCUUUUCAAAGGAAAUUCUUUAAGCUUGAAACACUGAACUCGACUUCCUGGUUUCCUAGAAGCUGGGAUUUGGGCUGAGAGCUCAUCUGGUGCCAGUGAGGCUCAUCAAACCAGUGAUUCUGCUGUUCAACACUCAGUUCUGGCAAGCAGCUGAUCUUAGACAAGAAUCAGUGGGAAACUUCAACUACAGUCAGGAAAUCAGAGCUGCUUUUGUAGGUUUGCUUUCAGAAAAUGAAAAGUCUCUAAUUUUUGUUGUAGUUUAAAUUUAACAUAGAGAGACAAAAUGUCAGCGAAAGAUCCAGAAAACAAAAUGCAAUUUCGAUUCAAAUUUUCUUCAGAAGUAUUUGAUCAAAACCUGCUGUGAUGUUGGUGGAAGAGGCUGUUUGGAAGCACAGCGGCCUGAUGGACCAUCAGCGGGUCAGACAGAUCUGAGUGAGGAGCGCUAGAAACCUUUCAGCACGGUGCUUCUGCAGAUCUGAGCUCUGGAAGCCAUUGCCAUGGUGAUGCGUUCUAGUCGAUGCUUACUGGUUGUGGUUCCGUUUUCAGGCCCUUACAUUCAUCCUGUACCUAGAGCUGAAUAUCGUCUGAUAGAACAUUCAAUAUCCAGAACCGCACAGCACUCUGGGAGAUGUAGGCAGGGGAAAGGCUUUAGCUGCUCAACCGCUCACAUUGGUGACAUCAACCAACUCACUUAGUCUUUGGUUACCAAGCAACAACCUGUUGAGUAACAUGCAUAGCAGCUGUUUCAGGUUUCGCCACCGUUCCUCAUAACUGCUAAAAACUAAAAACAAUAACAUGGAGUGAAAACUGGAUAAAACAGGAAAUUCACGCCACCGGUUUGGUAGUACUUCAGAUAUUUAAAACAAAAAAACGCAUCAAUAAUUAUUGAUAUCCACUGAUAUGAAACUCUUACAUUGUGACAGGUUUUUUUGCCGUAUCGUUCGGCCCUAUCAGCUCUCAGCAGGUCGAGUUGAUGCCGUAGAGCUUGGCUUUAGUCUCAAUAUCUCCUCACCACCUAACACCUGCAGAAUGAAGAACCUGGUCAUGUGCCUUCUCUAUGGGGAGCUGAACUUUGACCUUCACUUAUUCAGUGUAGUGAUUCCAUUCCCCUGUGGUCCAGAUGCUCCUGGCCUCUCGUUUGUCAUCCACCUGGAGGUGAGACCCUUCAUGGAGCAGCAGACUGAACACACUGCAUGGUCUUUAACUGGCGUUACCUAGCAACCAAACUUCAGACUGAAGUUCUUGUCCCCUGAUGUCCUCUCUGAGUAGGCUGCUGUCAGAAGCUGAUUCUGUAGACAAAAAACACCUGGAUAGUAUCUGUUAUUGAUGGAUUGAUUAACUGAUUGUAAUCUGUGUGCCUUGUGGUUGCCCAAACUCCAUUCGCUUUGCAGAAAUACUUCAGUGUUUCUGGGUCUAUUCUGUGUCUGACUGUUAAACGAAUCUGCCACAACAUCACAAACCAUGUGAUCCUCAGUAAGAAGGUAAACCUACAGAAACAGCAGAGCUUUCUCUUAUUUCCUGCUCUGGAGCCGUGGACGUGCGUCAGACUAGCAUGCCAAACAUGGAGCUGUCCAACCUUGCUGCCUGAGAUCUGCCUUCAGAAAGGGAGGAGCUUGCAUGGUCUUAAUAUGCUCUGUCUUCAUGAUCCCACUGAUUAGAUCUACUCUCUGUUCAUGUGUGUGCGUGUGAGUGAGUUUGUCACAGGCAUGUAAAUAGACGCUGGUAUUUGUGUGUGAACAGGCUCGUGUCGGUAGCAGUGACACGGUGUUGAUCGGGAUGGCGACUAAAGAUAACAUUGUUUUAAGCCAAGUUUUUUAGUGUCCAGUUUUUGGUACAAUUUCAUAUUGUAGUAAUACACGGGAGUUUUCAAAAAUUGUGUGGACAUUAAGGCAGAAAAAAAAGGGUUUUAAUGACAUCUAGUGAUGUACAGAAUGCGCAACGCAUUAGGAAUAUCUGUAUGUACCUAAAUAUGUACCUUCCUAAAAGUAAAACAGUUAACUUUAAAGAAAUUCUAGUUGCUCAUGUUGAAUUUACAAGUGUUGCUAACAGUGUAUAGGAUAAAGGGGCCAAUCUUUGUGCAGUUUGUCAUUGCAGCAAACAGUGCAGAUUGCACCUUUAUGAGCAGAUUUUCUCUCUGGUUGCAGGGCUGCGUUGGGGGGUGGGUGCAGGGGGGCGGUCUCCGCCUGUCAUGCUGUGUGGUUGAAUCAUGUCAUGUGGUCCUGCCUAGCUAAGGUGUCGAUAUGUAGCUGAGAAACACAGCAAAAAAAAAAAACUGUAAUACUAUUAUUGCAUGGAAGUUUUCUGGUUGUUUGGCCCACUGUAAAUCUUCUGAGAGCUUGUACGAUGAAAUGCAUCGGCCAUGUACGUAUGUAAGAUGAC